UUUUGACAGCCGCCAACUCCUGCUGGCAAUUUGACCUUGCACAAAACGGGACCUUGAGGUUUCAUUUCCGUUGGACACGGAAAAACACAUCGCUUUCAACUUGGACCAUACCGAGAUCCUGAGGCUCAGUCGAAUGUCAUUUUUGCCACUACAGAACUGCGCGGAUCGUUUUGCGACGUUACCCUUUUCCUUUAAUAAGGCAUAUUUUUUCCUCUAAGAAACCAAGAGGAUUAAACACUCAACAAAUCCAUCUAUGUCGUCGCACGACAUGAUAUGCUCCCCUCACUGUUUCGGAUGCUUGCUGUCAACCGCCCGCUCCCUCCCCCCAUCCACCCUUUCCGAACUCGCUCGAGGGUCUUGUUUGUUGUUGGUCAUGCCGCGCGCCAGCACAAGUCCAGUGAAAAGAGACAGCUUUAUAUGGACGGUAUUACGGCAACCGGUCCGACGAAAACAAGUUGCAUACUCGAACCAUUCCCCCCCUUUUCACGACGGCCGACUCGUACCCGACCGUCCCACAGAUCUCCAGUGCGUCAUGAGUGGGAAAAAAAUCUCGCCAUAAAACACUAUUCGGUACGGGCUAAGGCCUCGUGUCUUGGUUGUUUCCAAUCCUGUCUCUGUUUACCUUACCUUCUCCCGUCUCACACACGUGGGAACUUUUUUUUUCUUGCCGUCAUGCCUCCUUGAUCACACCAACUUUCAGAUCUUCAGUGGACGACACAAAAUUUGGGACCAUCCCCUUUUUGGAUUUCUCGUCAGACAAUGGAGCUGCCGCCGUCGUCGUCCGCGAACCAACCUGCCCACAACACUGGAAAGUUGCGCCGGCUGGUGUCCAGCGUCCAUCGCCAUGUGAAGACGAAGAGUAGGUCCCUGUUGUCUCCGUCUGAGACCUCGGCGGAGCUGGAACAGUCGGACUUGCAACGGUGUAUCGCCACCGUGAAUUCUUACUCCAACCAUUUGGGAGAGCUUAGGGGGCUCUGGGAGCAACACAACCACCUGCUAUCGUCUCAGCCUGAGAGCAAGCAGCGGAUUGACCUCAUCAUACAAAAGGCCGGGGCUGAUAUUGAGCAUUGUGAAAAGAUCCUUCAAAGAUGCUCCCUUGCCGGCCUUGACGAUGACGGCGAAACUCGCAUGUGGAGAAAACUGAGGUGGGAGCUUAUAGACAAACACAGAUUCGAACACCACAAAGCCCAGGCCGAGCGCAAUGACAACACCAUCACGACUCACAUCUUUGCGCUUCACCACCUCAUCCUCGACCGGGCAGUCAGCAAGCUUCUCAACGGCACGAGGGCUCCAGCAACCAACUUGGCCACAGAAAACAGUGGUCAUGGAGUGAACGGAAGCCCCCCAGGAAAUGCAGGACUGACGGUGCCUCGGUUGAUCGUUACACGUCCUGGACUCCCUGCCAGCCCACGUCCGGUUCGUGGCACGAGCACGCCCCCGCCUCCACGGCCAGUCGGUGCUGGGAAGGGGAAGCAAUCUUCCGAGCAGAGAAAAAGACCUUCAUCGGAGCCUUUGCGCCAGCAGCCGCAGACAAUGACGGGAAAGACGUGCUGAAAUCACAAAGGGUGUCAUGCUGACGGUCCGGAACUACCGAUUGAGGAGGAACAGUCCGCGCCAAUAAAACACCAGGAUGAGCCCCUAGUGGAUGGCACAACAACCUCGACAACGGAUUUUGCUGCUACACCGACAACAACACCACAAGCUCGGGGGCGUGGAGAGAAGCGUCUUGGGGGUCCAUGCUGCAGUAAGGGGGAGAAUAUCGGUGCUGAUGUUGGGGGCAUGGGCAUCAAACUCGUUCACUGAUAGGCUGAGGGGGGUGGACGAUGGAAGGCAUGGAUAAUCGUUGUACUAUAUACCGUUUCAGUCAUGUCCUUUUCUUAUUUCUGGCACAGAUAGUUGCUUAAAGUUGAUGGAGCAAGCGAUGUAUAGGAUGCAUGUCUCGAUCGUCGUGGACGACAGGUCAUGAGAGCAUGCUUGUGGCAAUGGCAAAUCUACGCUCAUUUUAGCAAUCACGAAACUGGAGA